AAGACGUGUCCUCCCUCCCUCUCCUUCCUCCUCCUCCUCCUCCUCCUCACCGGCUCUGCCUUCCCCACCUCCCGCCACUCUCAUUCCUCGCCGUACCGAGCCCCGGGCGCCACCGAACUCCGCUCGGUACCGGCGGCAGAGACCCCCCGGCUCCGGUGACUCCCGGCCAAGGCCAUGGACCCCAAGGAGCGCAAGAAGAUCCAGUUCUCCGUGCCGGCCCCCCCCAGCCAGCUGGACCCCCGCGCCGUCGAGAUGAUCCGCCGGAGGAGGCCCACGCCGGCCAUGCUCUUCCAGCUCUCCGAACACUCCUCCCCAGAGGACGAGAACCUGCCCUACCAGCGCUCCUCGGGCGAGGGCUGCCUGCUCAAACCAAAGAGGACCAACCCGUGUGCCUACACCCCACCCUCGCUCAAAGCCGUGCAGCGCAUCGUGCAGUCCCACCUGGAGGAGAGCGGCCUGGGAGGGGGGGACAGCUCCGACGGGGAGCCCGAUGACGGGGAGCACGGCUGCGACCCCGACAGCGGCCUCGAGUCUGCCCCGGGGAGCCAGGGCAGAGAGAGGAGCUACUUCCCCGCGGGGCUCAAGGCGCACAAGCGGAAAGGCGGGCAGAAGGUUUCCUUCGCCGGCGGCAUCGACGAGCGCGAGGAGGACCUGAAGGCGCUGACGGUGUCUGAGAUCCCCGAGGACCCCGAGGGCGACGAGGGUGACGAGGAGGAGCCGGGGCAGGAGCAGGACGGUGGCACUGGGGAGCGGCGACACGUGGGCUUCUCCGAGGUGCCCCCGCGCCCCAUCGGCACCGAGCGCCACUCGCCCACCUUCCCGCUGGGCACCAGUUAGCCGGCACCGGGACACCGGGACCCGGCCCCCCCCGCCAGCAAACACCCCCCAAAUCCGGCCUCAGCAGCUUCGCCUGUGCCCCCCCGGCCGCCCCCCUGCCCGCUGCCUGCGCUUCGUCUGCCGUGUGCCGCGCCGUGCCGUGCCAUGCCGGGACAAACUGGGCCGUACUGGGCCAAACUGGGCCAUGCCGGGCCAUGCCAGGCCCCUUCCCACCCCCUCCCCACGGGCCUCGUGCCACCCCCAACCCCGGCUGCCAGGGUAGGGGCUGGGGAGGGACCCCCCGGGUGCUGGAGGGGUCUGGGCCCCCCCAACCCCCCCGGGGUUGUGCCCCCCCGGGCCCCCCCUCGAGCAGAGCCCCCUGCCCGCAAUAAAGGCUGUACAGAGGA